ACGAGGCGGAAGACAUCAGCCGAAUCUUCCGUACUAGUCAACUGGAGGCGCUUAUGUUGUGCAUCCACCAGCAUCAGUUUUGAACGAUAGAAGGAGAGUGAGGUGUCUGUUUUUUUAUAGUAAACCGGUGAACUAUAGCCGCUACUUGUUCGUCUUCGAACAAACUGUCGUUUUUGCCUGUUGGAGGAUUAAAUGUGUUUUCAUGUUGUGCAGUUUACUGUGUCUGAGUAAAGACCUCCAACUGGCGGAUCGCAUCAGUUCACCAGGAGGGUCAUCGUCAGCAGCGACGACACCCUCUGCUCCGUAAACUGUUCAGAAAAAUGACCGGAGAGAAGAUCCGCUCCCUGCGUAAGGAUCACAGGCCGAGCAAAGACGAGGAUUUACUGGAGCCGGACGAAGAGGCUGCAACCGGGACGUUCACGGCAUCCAAGACGAACAGCAAGAGCAGAGCGAGUAAAAUCUUCAGCAAUCACAAGUUAAUCAAGUCUUCAUCCACACAACAGCAACAGCAGAACCAACAGUCGCAGGUUAAUGCUAACGCCAACACGCUGUCAACAUCCGAUGUCAUCGAUGACAACAACAAAAACCCCAUUAUCCGAACCGGGCAGGACUUCCCGGUGCAUGAAUGUGUGUUUAAAGGAGAUGUCCGACGCCUGUCUUCACUCAUACGGACACAGAAUAUCUCCCAGAAAGACGUCCAUGGAAACACACCGCUGCAUCUUGCCGUCAUGAUGGGGCACAAAGAGUGUGCACACCUGCUGCUGGCCCACAAUGCACCAGUGAAGGUGAAGAACGCUCAGGGAUGGAGCCCCCUUGCUGAGGCCAUCAGCUACGGAGAUCGACAAAUGAUCACAGCGCUGCUGAGGAAGCUGAAGCAGCAGUCCAGAGAGACUGUGGAGGACAAGAGGCCCAAACUACUGAAAGCCCUGAAAGAACUCGGAGACUUUUACUUGGAGCUACACUGGGACUUCCAAAGUUGGGUGCCUUUGCUCUCCAGAAUCCUGCCUUCAGAUGCAUGUAAGAUCUACAAGCAGGGCCUCAACAUCAGACUGGACACUACCUUGAUAGACUUCACAGACAUGAAGUGUCAGCGUGGGGACCUCAGUUUCAUCUUCAACGGCAAUGCCAUCCCCGCCGAGUCUUUUGUUGUGCUGGACAACGAACAGAAAGUCUACCAGCGGAUACAUCAUGAGGAGUCGGAGAUGGAGACAGAGGAGGAAGUGGACAUUCUGAUGAGCAGCGACGUGUACUCCGCCACUCUCUCCACCAAGUCCAUCACCUUCUCCAGGGCGCAGACCGGCUGGCUGUUCAGAGAGGACAAGACGGAGCGUGUGGGAAACUUUCUGGCAGAUUUCUACUCUGUGAACGGUCUGGUGCUCGAAUCCAGGAAGAGACGGGAACAUCUGAGCGAGGAGGACAUCUUGAGGAACAAAGCCAUCAUGGAGAGCCUGAGCAAAGGAGGGAAUCUCAUCGAGCAGAACUUUGAGCCGGCGAGGAGACAAUCUCUAACUGCCCCUUCACCCAACACUAUAUCCUGGGAAGAAUACAUCACUGCUGACAAUGGAAAAGCUCCUCAUCUGGGAAGAGAGCUGGUCUGCAAAGAGAGCAAGAAAAACUUCAAAGCCACGAUAGCCAUGAGUCAAGAAUUCCCUCUGGGCAUCGAAUCGUUAUUGAAUGUUCUGGAGGUGAUCGCACCCUUCAAGCACUUUAAUAAGCUCAGGGAGUUUGUUCAGAUGAAGCUCCCCCCUGGCUUUCCUGUCAAACUGGACAUCCCCGUCUUUCCUACGAUCACAGCCACCGUCACGUUUCAGGAGUUUCGCUAUGAUGAGUUUGAUCAGUCCAUUUUUACCAUUCCCAACGACUAUAAAGAAGACCCUAGCCGCUUCCCCGACCUUUAACCUCUCAAGCUGGAACAGGAAACAAUCGUGCGAAAAGGGAACAUUACUACAAAACAUACUUUUUCAAUUACAAAACGGGGAUUAUGGAUUUCCAUCGCAGAACCCAACGCUGAACACAAACGGCAACAAGACGACCAGAGUUUGACAUCCAGGACGUCAUCAGAGCUGCUGGAAGCCCGCCGUGGCGGAGAGGUCGACAUCUCCUCGUAUUAACAAAGUGUUUUUAAGCUCAGUGUUGCAGGUUUUUAUUCUCACCUUUUUUAGAUUUUUGUUGAAUCAGCGGCCGAGGCAGGAAGUGCAACUAACCUGGAGCUGAGAGUCAUCAGUGAGAGGGCAUUGAAGUUAAAAUGAGUUUUCCGUAUACGGGGUACAAGUAAAGUUCAGUUGAUGCUAUGUAUUUAAGUAUAUAAGCAAUGUUUAUAAAGGGAAUGUGUUUAACUGACCUGUAGUGAAGCGCUGAUAUAGUGUGACACGUUGGGGAGAAACUCCACCAAUUCUACAAUGAAAAUCAAUUUUGGAAAAUGUUAAGGGAAUUGGCAUCUUUUGUAGGUUGAAAACCUAAGAAUCCGUUUUUGUGUGUGUGUGUGUGUGUGUGUGUGUGUGUUGUGUGUUUGUGUGGGAGAGAGGGAGAGAUGGGCAUGGAGUAGCAUCACUGAACUUUCGGGCACUAUUUAGAAUCCACUACAUUCAGUUGAGUUCAUAAAUACUUAUUUUGUGAUACUCGACCUUUAACCCUGCAUUUGAAUUAUUAUUGUUUCAUCGAGUAAAUGCUGCAAUUUUUAUGGUACCACAAAGUUUUCUCUUAGUUUGUUGGAGUGGCAGCAUGUGUAAGUAAUUAUGUCUAAGCCUUGUGUUUCUUACUACACCUUUGUAAACUAUGUAACUAACUGUACAAUCGUGCUAAAAAAGAGAGAGAGCUGGGGAUUGUAUAGUAAGUAGAUAUUAGGGAAUGAAUGACGUUCAUGCCAUUUUUACACCAUAACAAGAACCAAACGUUUCCCCUGCACAUUAUGUAAAUACAUGUUUCAUGGGUUUUGGUUUUUUUUAUGUUCUCUUUUCUUAUUCUUUGUGUUGGUGAGUUUAAGAUGUCCUCUGCAGGAAGAGUUGUGUGGUGUUUUUUUUAUGUAGCGUUACAAGUUAAUUGAGGGUUUGUUGAUUUGUAACAUGGUGGCAGUUGCUAUUUUUGUACAUACUUGUAAUGUUUUAAAGGAACAAUGAAUCUUCUUAAUUCUUCUUCUUCUUCUGUCAUUAUUUCACCUCCAACUAUAUCUGACAAACCUUAUGAACCUCCUCCAGAUGUGUUACACAGACAAUCUUCACCACAGGGUGAAAAGCUCAAAGCAACAAACUUCCUCUGGAAAUGAACUUGACUGGAGGCUGGAAAAGUUAAACUCUUGGUUCAUGAGCUCUUAAAAUGUGUUUAUUAAAAACAGAUGUUGUGCUCAUGUUUGUUUAACUCUCCUGCUCCUGGAGUUUAAAGUUAAGGUGUUAUAUUCAGUAUCACUAUAACCAAAUACAGUACAUUUAAUUUUUCACAUAGCUUUGUACAGACAGGUGCAUCUAACGUUAUUGGAAGUGCGCCUCGUCACUGACAACACUUCAUCUCAUCCUCCUUCCUGUCAGCAGCUGCUUGAAUUUUCCAUGUAAUGAGGGAAUUCCUCAUUCUACAUGUCCGUUGCACGGCAAAAACUGUACAAGUCUGCAACACUAUUUUCAUAUGAAAUGUACUAAAAAAUAAAAAUUACACAUAACUCAAGA